AUGGAUUUAAUUUGUCAAGGUAAGAGUUCAUGGCCAGAACUUGUUGGGACGCGAGCACAAGAUGCAGCUGAAAUAAUUGAAAGGGAGAAUUCAUUGGUUGCUACUAUCAUUGUGUAUAUGACUUGCCCCGUUCCCCUAGAUUUCAGCUGCAACAGGGUUAACAUCGUGAUUGACUGUAGCGGCACCGUUAUCACUGUCCCUACGAUUGGUUAGGUUAGAAGGAUGACACAUUCCAAAUUACUGAUAAUUAUCUAGUAUGGUACUAUUGUAGUCGGAAUAAUUCAACAAAUAGACAUUGUAGUCGCCAUGUGUUGUACCAAACCUUAAAUAUUAUGGCUAAAUAUGGGGCAAUGAUAAUGUUCCCU